UCUAAUAGUUAUUUGUUGUUUACAGGCGGCGGAAAGUGGAAAUCUAGAGAUUUUCCAACGGCUCUAUUAUGCUGAACCGACUCGCCUUGUCAUCCAGGAUAGCCGAGGAAGGACACCUGCACACCAGGCGGCCUCGAGGAAUAGAGUUAAUAUUCUGCAAUUUAUUCUAGAUCAGGGAGGAGAUUUAAACAUACUAGACAAUGCCAGGAAUACUCCUUUACAUGUAGCCGUAGAACAUGAGGCUUUGGAUGCAGUGGACUUUCUUUUAGACAAGGGCGUGAAGACAGACAUUUUAAAUGAGAAAAAUCAGGCGGCGAUUCACUUGGUAACUGAGCUUAAUAAGGUAGCGGUGUUGGAAGUAAUGAGCCGUCAUAAAAACAGAAUUGACAUACAGCAGGGUGGUGAACACGGUCGAUCAGCACUCCAUAUUGCCGCUAUCUACGACCACGAAGAAUGCGCAAGAAUCUUGAUUUCAGAAUUCGGUGCUUGUCCGAAAAUUCCAUGCAACAACGGAUAUUAUCCCAUACAUGAAGCAGCCAAAAACGCUUCGUCCAAAACUUUAGAAGUUUUCCUGCAAUGGGGUGAGUCACGAGGUUGCAGUAGACAGGAAAUGAUUUCGUUCUACGAUUCCGAAGGAAACGUACCACUUCACUCUGCCGUCCAUGGAGGUGAUAUAAAGGCUGUUGAAUUAUGUAUAAAGUCAGGUGCUAAGAUCUCCAUACAACAACAGGAUCUAUCAACUCCAGUUCAUCUGGCUUGUGCUCAAGGUGCCACCGAAAUAGUCAAAAUUAUGUUUAAAAUGCAACCAGAAGAAAAACUGCCGUGUCUUCAGUCGUGCGAUGUUCAGAAGAUGACGCCGCUUCACUGUGCCGCUAUGUUUGACCAUCCCGAAAUAGUAGAAUAUUUGGUCAGUGAGGGAGCAGACAUAAACGUGAUGGACAAAGAAAGACGAUCGCCGAUGCUGCUAGCGGCGUUAAGAGGAGGUUGGAGGACAGUACAUACAUUAAUAAGAUUAGGGGCAGACAUCAAUAUAAAAGACGUUAAUCGGAGGAACGUCCUACAUCUGGUAGUAAUGAACGGUGGAAGAUUAGAGAAAUUUGCAUCUGAAGUAAGUGAGGCGAAAUCAAAAGAAAGUCUGCUGCAGCUCCUUAACGAAAAAGACAUUAAUGGAUGUUCACCGUUACACUACGCCAGCCGUGAAGGGCACAUAAGGAGUUUGGAAAAUCUUAUCCGCUUGGGAGCAUGUAUUAAUCUGAAAAAUAAUAACAACGAGAGUCCUCUUCAUUUCGCUGCUAGGUAUGGUCGAUAUAACACCGUCAGACAACUACUUGAUUCCGAAAAAGGAACAUUUAUUAUCAACGAGAGCGACGGCGGAGGACUGACACCCCUACACAUCGCUUCUCAACAAGGACACACCAGGGUAGUACAACUUUUGCUCAAUAGAGGAGCUCUCCUGCACAGGGACCACAACGGCAGAAAUCCAUUACAUCUUGCAGCUAUGAACGGAUAUACUCAGACGAUUGAAUUGUUACUGUCAGUGCAUUCCCAUUUGCUUGAUCAAACUGAUAAGGAUGGGAAUACUGCACUACAUCUAGCAACUAUGGAAAACCAACCCAAUGCAAUCGCUUUUUUAUUAUCAGUCGGUUGUAAGUUGUUGUAUAACCAAAUGGAUAUGAAUGCGAUCGACUACGCCAUUUACUAUAAGUUUCCGGAAGCAGCUCUAGCGAUGGUAACUCACGAAGACAGGGCUGAAGAAAUUCUAAAUUUAAAAUCUAGUAAACACCCUUGUGUAACACUGGCUCUAAUCGCUUCAAUGCCGAGAGUGUUUGAGGCAGUUCAAGACAAAUGCAUCACAAAACCAAAUUGCAAAAAGGACUCAAAAUCAUUUUAUAUUAAAUAUAGCUUCAGUAGUUUGCAAUGUUCAAUUUCUACUCCUAACACAGAAGAAGAUAAAACUGCUCCAAAAAGAGAGCCACUGCCAGCAUUAAACGCAAUGGUUACACAUGGAAGAGUAGAACUACUUGCUCACCCUCUUAGUCAAAAAUAUUUACAAAUGAAAUGGAACUCUUACGGAAAAUACUUUCAUUUAGCUAACGUUACAUUUUACAGCGUAUUUUUGGGUUUUAUAACGGGAUUUGCUUCACAAUUAAUGCAACAAGAUAAUUCAGACGUCGUCACUCCAAUUGUCAAUACAACGAAUAUGACUCACGCAGAAUAUGUAGAAUACCAUAAAAAACUUAUCCUAACAAUCCGAAUCAGUCCGAUGAUGUACAUCAGUGCCUUAGCAAUUCUCGUCUACAUAGGCAUCAACAUCUUUAGAGAAUCCCUUCAGCUUUAUCAACAAAAAUUCCUCUACUGCAUGGAUCCCAUCAAUUUGGUAACGUGGUUACUAUACAUGUCGGCACUUAUCAUGGUUCUGCCCAUAUUUGGAGGAGUUAUGUACGACUUGCAGUUUUCAUGUGCCUCAAUGACUGUAUUUUUGAGUUGGUUCAAUCUCUUACUGCUAUUACAAAGAUUCGAUCAAGUCGGUAUCUAUGUGGUGAUGUUUUUGGAGAUUCUGCAGACCCUCAUUAAGGUACUCAUGGUGUUUUCUAUACUUAUCAUCGCUUUUGGAUUGGCUUUCUACAUUUUACUAUCGAGGGGUGAACACCUUUCAUUUAAAACGAUACCAAUGUCUUUAAUCCGUACAUUCUCCAUGAUGCUGGGAGAGAUUGACUUCUUAGGUACCUACGUUAAACCAUAUUAUUUGACUAAUGAUGGACAAGACAGGUCGUUCCUACCGUUUCCUAUUCCGGCAUUUAUGAUAUUGGGUUUGUUUAUGGUUCUCAUGCCGAUCCUGUUGAUGAAUCUGCUCAUCGGUUUAGCUGUUGGAGAUAUUGAGUCUGUAAGAAGAAAUGCUCAACUCAAAAGAUUAGCUAUGCAGGUUGUAUUACAUACAGAAUUAGAACGAAAACUGCCGAAAUUUGUAUUAGAAAAAGUUGACAAGAUGGAAAUUGUUGAAUAUCCCAACGAUGCUAAAUCAAAAGGACGUUUCCUGGAUGUGAUUUUAAGGAAAUGGUUUGGAAAUCCUUUUUCUGAUGACGCUGGAGUAGAUAUAGCUAUGGAUAAUACCGAAGAUUAUAUAGUAGCAGAAUUGGAAAAGACAAAACGUAAACUGAAAGAUAUCACCAAAGCUUUGGAAACACAACAACAGUUUUUGCGUCUCAUCGUCCAGAAAAUGGAAAUAAAGACUGAAGCGGAUGAUGUUGACGAAGAUGUUAUUGUUAAAAGCUCAAAUGUUUUUGCCAACUCAAUCGCUGAACAGGACGCCAAAUAUGGCGUGGAUCAAACAUCGAUUUUCUCAGAAGAUUGGCAAAAAACUCCAAACAAAGAAAUUACAACUAAACGCAUUAAAAAAAUGCUUGGAAAAGAAAGAGCUUAUACUGCAUUUUCAUUACUUUAUUCAAUCUAG